AUGGUUAAGAGUUUAAGAAAAGAAACUCCUGGUCAUGAUAAGCGCAUAAAACAGAAAAAAGAUCUAGCCUUUAAGGAGUCACAAAGAGGAACAUUGGAUAGAUUUGUUGUUAAGCUUCCACCUACAAUAGUUCCAAAUCUAACUGAAAAUGAAAAUGUUGUUCCCAAUUUGGACCGUGAUGAAAUAGGCAAUGAUUUGGAAGUCACUCAGAAUGUUCAUGAAGAAGUUCCUAACAUAGUUGUCAACGAAAAUGAAAAUGUUUCUGAUAGGGAAGAUAUAUGUAGAGAUGAUAUUGAAUGUGAACCUCCACUUUCUCCCCCUCGAGUACAUGUGGAUAUAUAUGAUCCUAGAUACUGGGGUGGUCUUGACACAAACUCUAGAGAUCUUUUAGUGGAAAAAGGCCCUCUUAGAUACCCAAAUAUAAAGAAAGGUCCCAAGGAUAAACGAUCAAAAUACUUCUCUUCAACUUGUUUUACAAGAAUUUUACCUAAUGGUGAAGAAUAUGACAGAAAAUGGCUUGUGUAUUCAAAAGAACUAGAUAAAGUAUUUUGCUUCUGUUGUAAGCUGUUUAAAAAUAGUUCUCGGAUAUGUGGUUUAUCAAAUGAGGGGUAUAAUGACUGGGGUCAUCUUAGUCAAAUGGUUAGUAAGCAUGAAAAUAGUACAGAACACAAUGUUAAAAUGAAAGUUUGGCUUGAACUGCGUGAUAGACUAAAGAUAAAUGAUACAAUUGAUAAGCACCUUCAACGUCAGAUUAAUGAAGAUAGGGAACACUGGAAGCAAGUAUUGAAGAGAAUUAUUUCUGUUGUGAAAUAUCUUAGCAUACAUAACUUGGCUUUUCGUGGAACAAAUGAGAAAGUGUAUGAAAUUAGUAAUGGAAAUUUUUUAGGUUUGAUUGAAAUGAUUGCCGAGUGGGAUCCGGUAAUGAAAGAACAUAUGAGAAGAAUUAAAAAUAAUGAAAUUCAGUAUAAUUAUCUUAGUUCUAAGAUCCAAAAUGAGUUGAUUGAUUUGCUAGCUUCUAAAAUCAAAAGUGCCAUCAUUCAGAAAAUUAAGGCUGCCAAGUAUUUUUCUAUAUUGCUUGAUUGUACUCUUAACAAUUCCAGUUACAGUGGCAUCGGCAGAAAGAAGCUUUUCAAAAUUAAACAUCCUGAAAUCGUUUUUGAGUACUACCAUGGCCCAAGAAAGACUCAAUGGGCUGGCAAUGAUAUCGAUUGA